AUGAAAUGGACGAACGAGAUGAUACUCAGUCUUACAUUGGAGGUUAUUCGCCAGCCAAGAAUAAUCGACGUUGAUCUCAUGUCAACAGAAUGCUCCCUCGGUGGCUACGCACAGCUUGUCUGCGUGGUUCUAGCCAAUGGGAAACCGAAUAUUUCGAUUGACUUCAGUUCUACCGCCGGCCAAACAACCCAGCCCAUCGGCGCGGAGGAGAGCAUGCUGGGUGGAGACAGAGGUGAUUGGCGUCAGCUGACCGAGUCCUACAGCUUGAGGAUCUAUCGGUCCGAACUGGAUACAGAAAGGCCCAUGCUGCAUAGACUUACAAUUAACAUUAGAGGUGCUCAGAGGGAACACCACGGUGCCUAUCGAUGUCGCGUGACUAACGCGGCUGGCCAGGCUCAGUACGUGGGUGAAAUCCGGGUUCGGUCGGAGCCGCAGCUUACCAUCCACCCCGUACAGUCCACCUACUUCCUCGGCCGUCGUCCGCUGAUCAUCUCCUGCCUCGUCUCUGGCUAUCCAUUGGCUGUAGCCAAUCCCGCCGCCGUCGAAAUCGAGAGCAAGGUUGCACCCGAAUGGGCAGUAAAUCAUGAGACAACUACUUUAAAGGGCUGGGACCCGAAAUGA